AUGGCAUUGAUGCGGGAGACGGGGGGGGUAAGGAGUGAGAAGAGCCUGGCCAUACCACUGAGACAUGCCUGCGUUGAUGAACUCGCUGUACCCGUCAACAUAAGCGAGAGUGAGGCUGGCUUCGUGUCGACAGCAGAUUUUCCUCAGUCGCCCACAAACUGCACGUCCUCGUCGAUAAUAUGGGAAGUCCGGAGCAUUGGAAACGCAAGCAUCAGUCCUUGGAUAUCCAUUGAGGUCACCGAUCUGACUACUUCGGCAAACGCUGAACAGUUUGCCGUGCACUUUGCUCUCUCGCCUGACGGGGAAUGGUUCCCCUUGUCCCGGGAGGUCCAGCGUCGCGUUUUUGUCCCCGCUGCCCACGAGUUACGGCUGAAAGCAGAAUACUCGUGGACUGGUGAAGAGGAACAUCUGAACCAAAGUCAUGAAUUUCAAGCAAGACUGUCACUUACCAAUGAAACAGAUUGCAGAAAAGACAUGUUUUGCAGAGAAGUUAGCCACGUAGUGUGCAUCCACCCCACUGCCAUCUGCGAUAGAAAGAUUGAUUGUCGUAACCAGUGGGUGGACGAGACGGAUUGUGAGGAGGUGUGUGGCCCGACGAACCUCGACCUCACCCCCGGUCAACAGCUCAACAUAUCGAGCCCAAACUCCACCAACAGCUUUAUCUGUACCUGGGUGAUCCGUGCACCAUCGUCCAGCGACAUCCUUCUCAGGUUUUCCAGCUACCAGCUGUCUAGGAAUGUCGUCUUCGUCGUUGCAACGGCAGAGUUCUCUUAUGCAGCCCGUUCAGGGCUGGAGAAUGUCGUCUUUUUUAGCGCCUUCACGAGCGUCGCUUCCAUUCCUCGCUCCCUCAAAAUAUCCAAUUCCACCAUAUGGGUGUUUUUCAUGCACGCGGUGUGGGGCUUGUAUGAGCCGUCUGCUUUCUCCUUUCAAGCUCAUGCCAUCAGCAAGACCAAUACAUUGGAAUGCAGCGAUGGGGACUUUUUAUGCACCACGGGAACCGAGUGCAUCAAUGGAAGCAAAAGGUGCGACGGUAUACCGGACUGCGAGGACUUCACCGACGAAUUCGCCUGUUCGGAGAUGUGUCGUGGUCAAUUUUCUUGUGGGGUAGGAGCUUCGGAUUGGUGUCUUGAGGGACGAUUCGUUUGUGACGGCUACGGAAGCUGUCUGGACUUUCGAGACGAGUUAGGAUGCGCACCUUCGUGCGGGGACGUCAGAAUCAACCUUCAACCAACCAGCACCUAUCUGCUGACAUCUCCCUAUUACCCGUCGUCAUAUCCCAUUAGGAUCGCCUGUGUUUGGCUGAUCACGGCCCCGCCACCAGCUACAAAAAUCCUCAUCCGGACAGUAAGCAUCCGCUUGAACUUCAACGCCGUUCUGAGAGUCGGGGAAGGAGCGAGGGUCAGCCGGAGACGGAGCCGGGUUAUCUGGGAGCGGCGAGGGGGCACGGCGCCGCUGGUCGCUAUGUCACAAGGUCGCGAGAUCUGGGUGACGAUGGAGGAAUUAAACAACGCGCCCUCGGAGAAUUCCCUCCACGGCGUACCAGAUCCGCACUUUGCCUUGGAACUCACUGCUUUCGAACGCGAUGUGAAUUGUUCCAUCGAUGGCCAAGUCGCGUGCGACAGCGGACUGCAGUGUAUCCAAGCCUUCGAAAAGUGCGACGGCAUCGUCAAUUGCUGGGACAACUCUGAUGAAUAUUCAUGUGGGCAGUGCGACGGUGAGGCCCUUUCAUGUGAGAUUGUUGAGGAGAAGGAUAUGCCGUUUUGUGUUGCUGCAGACCUCAUUUGUAAUGGCCAAGCCGAUUGUUAUGGUGAUUACAAAGAUGAGACAUUGUGCUCAAACGUGUGUGGGCAGCGACACAUCAACCUCGAAGAGUAUCCAGACUCACCGUACAACAUAUCAUUUGCAAAUGGAUUUCCACCAGCUACAGACUGUCUCUGGAUAUUCACUACAACUCCGGGAGAGAGGAUUCUCGUGGAGGUGAUACACCAAACCAUGGGCGAAUUUGAUGAUGAAAUUGGUGUUGGAGAUGGCAUUCACCCUACUAAUCGUUCAUCAAGGCUAGCAACGCACACCUACAAAGUCAGCCCUCGUGCUUUCCUGUCAAAAACAGACACUGUGUGGAUGUAUUUCUACGGUAGAGACUCUGUAAAGUCUGGAGGAUCUUUCUGGUAUCAAUUUAGCACGUUCCAUGAAAAAACAUGUCGUGAGUCAGAGUUUCGUUGCAAAUCGAAUGGUUUGUGUAUGACUGCCGAGCUCCGUUGUGAUGGUGCCCCCUGGUGCAGCGAUUUUUCCGACGAAUUUGGCUGUGACCACUGCGGCGGCGUAUCGACCAUUAAUGUGACAGACGGCUUACCGUUCCUACUUCAGGCAAACUUUGAAAAAGAUGCCGCCACCUAUCCUUACGGCCAGAGCUGCCUAUGGCGCGUAGCUGCCUCGUCGGGACGACCAAUCAGGAUCACCAUCAAAGAUCUCAGCCUCUCUAACCACAGCUAUUUGGUUGUCGGAGAAGGUCUCGAGAUAAGCGCAGAGCGUGUUUUCACUGUGAUGUCCGGCUCACAUGGAAGACAGACGAUUGCAUCUCGCACCAGCGCCGUGUGGGUCAAAUUGGAAUCGGCAGAGAGCUGUAAUAAUCGGUUUGCCAUUGAGUUUCAACAAUUUAAUACCAUGCAUGUCGAAUGUAGCGAAGGUCAGUUUACGUGCCCACUUGAACACAAAUGUAUACCUGUGGACCAGGUGUGUGAUGGGAUACCACAGUGUCCGCUCCAGGGAGAUGAAGUUGCCUGUGGAUCAUGUGCGCAGGAUGAAUACCAGUGUCCUGAAGUCAGUUGUAUCGGCUGGCUUGAUGACAUCUGCGAUGGCAGAGUUAAUUGCGGAGACCUGUCUGACGAGAAGAACUGUUAUCCUUGUGGGAAGAGCGACCUUGUCUUGAGCAAUGACACAACAUCAUCACUGACUCUACUGUCGAUCAACUAUCCACUGCCCUACCCAAAUGAGGCCCUGUGUUUCUGGGUCGUGACAGUCGACAAGGGUUCCGUGGUGGUCCUCCACUUCAUCAACUUUGACCUGCAGCGUGGUAAAGACUUCUUUACUGUCGGUAGUGGCCACGAUCCCUCGGAUGCAGACUCGCUGAUUGCUCGUCUGAGCAGCGCCCUGGUAAGCGCGCGGGUCAUUUCGACGGGGCCCAAGAUCUGGCUGAAAUUCCAGAGUGAUGCAUCCAUUACUCGGAGAGGAUUUUCAGGAACGGUGUCCCAAGCAAUCCCUGGAGGUACCUGUCUGCAUGGUGAAUUCACAUGUCAGCAUCAAACGACAGGCCUGACUUGUCUUAACGCUGAUGCCGUCUGUGAUGGAUAUGCAGUCUGCAGAGAUGGAUCAGACGAAGACAACUGCGGUGUAUGUGGACCCCGGGAUAUUUACGUUGGCAGUGAGGCUGUGGUGCUCCAGUCGCCGUCGUACCCAAACCACUACCCAAUCAUGUUGCUUGCAUGUGGCAAGUCGUGCCCGAUCAAGGGACUUCGUUCGUGAUGAGGAUCGCCGAUUUUGCCAUGGAAGACCGCUACGACUUCCUAUACGUGACCCGCGGGGCUGUGGCCGCUGGGCU